UGUAUAAAAACCAAGAAGGCCCAAAGUGAGACACGGCAGUGGAAAGGAAACACUGGUGCACAAGAAGCUCCACGUCUUCAAUCAACUCCAGUUCUUCGAUCAGCCAUGCUCGCCUUUCUCGUCUGCGCUGCUCUGCUGGUUGGUGCUGAGGUGUCUGCUCAGAGCUGUGGGAUUGCAGCGUAUUCCCAGAUCCGCGUGGUGAACGGCGUGGAGGCUCGCGCUAACUCCUGGCCUUGGCAGGCGCUCGUGCAGAGGUACUCUGGAGGAAGAUGGGUCAACUACUGCGGAGGAACCCUCAUUGAUAGUCAAUGGGUGCUCACCUCUGCAAGCUGCUACACGAGUGGCUACAGCUACAGGGUGGUGCUGGGAAAACACAGUGUGUCCACAACCGAGUCGGGGCAAGUCACACCUGCACUGAGCCUGAUCGCCUGGCAUAGCUACUGGAAUCCCAGCAUCCCGGCCAAUGGGUACGACAUCGCCAUGUUCAAGAUUGCGUCGCCCGUGGCUCUUUCCAGCACGGUGCGCCCGGCCUGCCUGCCCAGCGCCAACCAGAUCCUGCCCAACAACUACCCGUGCUACGUCACGGGCUGGGGAUCCCUUUCCACCAGCGGCCCCUCCCCCAGCGAGCUGCAGCAGGCCAGCCUGCCCGUGGUGGACUACGCGACGUGCAGCCAGGCCAGCUGGUGGGGGAGCAACCUGAAGAGCAGCGUCAUCUGCGCUGGGGGCAGCACCCGCUCUGCGUGCUAUGGUGAUGGAGGUGGCCCACUGAACUGCCAGCGGUCGGACAAUGCCUGGGUGGUGCAGGGAAUCACCAGCUACGUCUCAUCUCUGGGCUGCAACACGAUUCGCAAGCCCACCGUGUUCACCCGUGUGUCAGCCUACAACUCCUGGAUCAGCAACGUCAUGAGCGUGUACCGUGAAGCUCCAAAGCUCGCCAAUGGAGAGCAGCGUGUCAACAGCGGAGCCAAUGCCACAAUUGCUGCAUUCAGUCAACCACAGGAGUAAAGCUAUAUGCUCUUUACAUCAAUGCUACCACUAACCCUAGAAUUACAGUUUCUUGCUACGGGUAUUCAGUUUUAAUAUGGGACUGGUCAUGUGAGGAUAGGAUGGGUGGUUCAAUGCAGUGAGUUUGUGUGGUCACAUUGCUAUACAUGUCAUCAUCUAUGAUAGUAAAUGCUGCUCAUGUGACCACUGUCAAGAAGACUGACUCCAUUUUGCAUGAUUAUCGGAUGUUAAGUAGUCAUCUUUAUAUUUGGUGACAAAAUAAAGUGGCAUUUAUAUCACUUGAGAAGUUAUUGAUUGAAUCUGAAAUAUUAGGAUGAGGCCGAGGUAGCAUGAGUAAAAUUUCUUACAUUGUCAUAGUUUAGUAGGGAAUGGAACAUCAUGUGUUAUUGUGGGACGACAGCUGAUUCAAUUUUGGCUUGGUGUAAAUGCAAAUUGGAGUACAAAUAAAAUAUCUGGUUUGUUGAAUUGACUGGUGGAAGUUAUACCACAUUAACCAUACACGUAAAUAAAGGAUUCUCAGAUUA